AUGGAUUAUUCAAAAACGUUCUCAAUCGGAGAUUUUAAAGCAUCAUCAACAUCUGCGUAUGCCAUCGAUGAAUCUAAGACUCUUGAAUCUCAUCGCUUCGCGCCAGAACCCCCAGAUCAUCACCCACACCACGGUGGAAAGGUUAUUACCGAUGCAGAUUGGCCAGCUCUAAAACCAAUCAUUCAACGUCUGUACAUCAUUGAUAAGUUGACUUUUCUCAAACUUAAAGAGGCGCUCAACUUGGAGUUCGGAUACAAUAUCACGAAACGACAAUUCACUCGAAAGGUCGAAAGCUGGGGCUUCAAAAAGAAUUUUAGGAAAAGUGAAAGAGAUGAGCUUGUGAAGAGCGGAAAGAUUCCUCAAAGGUUUAUACACGACUCACGAAUUAACCAAAAAAGGGUUGAGCGCUUGCAAAAAAGAAAUUCCGCACGCAUGGGUCUUGGAGUCGAAAGCGAAGAUAACGAGAGAUCUCUCGUACAGGGCCAGGACUUUUCUCCAAAAACGAACGCAAUCAAAGAAGCUUCAUUGGAUCUUACGCCCUGCCAUAUCAUGAUCGGGCACCAAAACGCGGCACUGGACGACCGCGAUAUGAUUAUUGAAGAGAUUCCAAGAUCAGAGCUUCGUCAUGACAUAGUUGCACCCAACACCGACGAUCAAUGGCCUUUCAGUCAGUCUGCUGAAGAUUAUUCCGGACAUUCAUGGUUGGCUGAAUUGUUCGUGCAGCUUGAGACUGCAGAAAUCAUUACAUCCACAAGUAUUGAUAAUAAAACAGAGCAGGGUGUAGAAGAGUAUCACGAAGCUGAAGCUACAAUCCGCCCCGUGAUGCAGAUAGCUUUGGUCGCAUUAGGGCCUAACCAUCAAUUAACUAUUAGAGUCAUAAAUUUACUCUGUUGGAUCUUGCGAAAAAAUGGUUCUCUAGCAGAGGCCGAGAGGCUUGCUAGAGCCCUCUUGAAACAAAAUGAAGCUUCAAAGGCAGUUGAUAUGCUUAAGGGUAUCCAAAAUUCCCCUUACGCAAAUGGAUCGAAGAAAAUAUUCAUAGAGGUAGAGUUUAAAGUCGUCUUGGGUAACGCUCUUUGGAAACAGGGAAGUGUUUGGGAAGCUAUAGUUUGCUUCAAAGAAUCUCUCAAGUCAACUGUCAAAAUGUACGGAUGGGACCAUUCAAUUGUUUUUGUACAUUGCAAGAUGAUUGUAAAUUGGUUUUUACAACUUUCACAAUACGAUGAAGCUUUGAAGUUUUUUGAGAGAUUUCUGGAAAAAUGUAGGGGUUUUGUAAAGCAAGGCUCAUCCGUUGCAGGAUGGAUCGAGGAAACCGAAGAUAGAAUGUGCAAAGUGCGAGGAGGGAUUGAAGAUGACGACAAUAGCAUUUCUGAAGAUGGUUACGAGGAAGACGAAGCAUGUUUCGAAGACGCUGGGAUGAAAGAUUAUUGUAUUCAUGAGCAAGAUGACGAUGACGAGGCUCAAUUUGAAGGUCGCGGGCCAAGGUUGGAUGAAAUAUUCAAUACGGAACGAGACAUCUCUAAGGACAUAACCUUUGAGGAGCUAGGACUUGAUAAAGAUAUCUUAACGUAG